CUGUUAAGCCCCCUCACGUGCCUCACACGUGAGGGUAAUUUCAUCAUUUCAUAUGUUAGGUACCAUUUUUGCAUAAAAGUUUUUUGGAUUAAUUGACAUUUACCCCUCAUUUACUUUCCCCAACACUCGUCAACUCCCCAACUCCCUCCUUCUUGCUUCUGCCCCAUUGAACCUACAAAAAACCCUCGUUGCUUAUUCAAACAAGAUAAUCGACACUACAUAUACAAUGACAUACGUUUAAUAAGAAAUGGUGUUCGUAAUGUGGCAUAUCAGACCAAAACACGAAGUUGUUGAUGUAUCAACUGUAUAUGUUGGUGCACCCACAUGGUUUAGUAUUAAGCUUCAUCACAGUGGGAAAUUUACUAAGUUACCUGAUAUAAAGUACAUUGGAUGUGAAGUGCGUUAUGUUGAUUAUGUGGACAUUGAUGAGUUUUUUGUGCAUGAACUUGAUGCCAUAAUGCUUGACCUAGGGGCUGAAGUUGAGGGUCAAGUUCAUGCAGAUUCUCCAAUGAAAAAUGUGAACCAUGGUAAUGGUGAGCUUAUUGGUGAGUUCAUGUCUCUGAUUCUUUUUAGGAGUAAGAAUGAUAGUUUCUCACCAGAGUAUAGAAUGGGUAGGGUUGGGAAUUCCAAUAUAGGUGAAAGUUCUUGUAGCAAGAGGCUUAAUUUAGAUUAUAUUGAUGAGGGUGUUCACAUUUCAAAGGAAAAGAAUGAUGAUCAGGAUGGUUCAACUGAUGUUCAGGAGGCAGCAACUUGUGUUUAUUUUGAUGAGAUGGAUGAGUAUGAAGGGGAUGGAGUAUCUGAAGAGGGUAAUCAAGAGUAUGAAGAGGAUGAUGAAUCUCAAGAAAGUGAUCCAAAUUUUGAAGAGUAUGAUGAAUCUGAAAAUAGUGAUCCAGAGUAUGAAGAAGAUGAGAGACAAAUAGAAGAUGAAUAUCAUGUGGAUGACAUAAUGGAUGUUGACAAUAAUAUACAAGAUGUGGAUGUGGACAUGGGAGACUUCACUCUUAAUGUUGAAAGUGAUGCGAAAGGUUCUUGUAUAAAUGUUGUUCAUGGUCAUGAACCUGAAGAUAUGGAAGUGAUCAACAAUGAGGAAUUUGAAUCUUUAGAUGAAGGAUCUGACCAAGACAGAGAGAGAAGAUCUCUUAUCAAAAAUUUGAGAAAAGAAAAAAGGUCAAAUCCUGAAUCCGACUGGUUUAUAAGGACCUUAAACCAAACUCACACAUGUUUGAAAACAAGGAAACUCAGGGCUUGUACUGCUUCUUUAAUCAGCAAGAAAAUCUUUGAUCAAGUUGAGGCGAAUCCAAAUAUACCUUUGAGAGCCAUACAAGAUCACUUUCAAAGAACCUACCAAGUGGGUGUUACUAUGGACAAGGUGUUCAGGGCAAAGGAUAAGGCAAAAAAUCAUAUAAUUGGGGACUACACAAAGCAGUAUGAACUGUUGAGGGACUAUGUUCUCGAACUUCAAGCCACCAACCCAUACACCACAGUGAAAAUAGAUGCAUGCCUUAGGGACUUAUUAGGUUUUGAUGGUGCCUUCAUGAAAGGACCAUUCCCUGGGCAAGUCCUUUCAGCAGUUGGUCUUGAUUCCAAUAAUGGAAUUUACCCAUUAGCAUAUGCGAUUGUUGAGUCUAAAAACAUAGAAAGUUGGAAAUGGUUUUUAGAUAACCUUGGGGAUGACUUGGACCUUGGAAGAAACUUAAAUUUUACUUUCAUAAGUUUACAUACUGCAGUUGAGCAAUUGUUUCCUAAUGUUGAGCAUAGAUAUUGUAUCAGACAUAUUUAUGACAAUAUAAGGAAAAGAUGGAGACAAACAGAGUACAGGGACCACUUAUGGAGGUGUGCAUCAGCUACCACCAUUCCUGAGUUUGAACAUUUGAUGAAGGAGUUUAGUCAGUAUGAUAAGGAGGCAUGUGAAUGGUUGAAUCAAAUUCCUCCUAAACAUUGGGCAAGGAGUCAUUUUUCAGGACGAGUAGUUUCUGAUGUGUUGAUAUCAAACAUGUGUGAAGUGUUUAAUGGGAAGAUAAAGAAAGGAUAA